AUCUUUUUAAGGGGGAUGCACAGUGAGAAAACAUAGAUUUAGGUCAAAAAUAUCGAUAUUUUAAAAUUAAUAGAUUUUAAUAGUUUAAAAUGUCUAGAAUACGAAUUCCCUAUCAGAAUACUAAAAAAAAUACGUUUUAUACAUCAAUUUUGUAUUUUAAAUGUAGAUAUAUAAGCAAAAUUUUGAUGUUUUGGUGAAAAAUCAACAUUUUGUAAGCUAUAGUUGAUAAGCUAAUGUACGCUCUAAUCCCUAACAGAUGGUAUCGAUACAAAGGUCUACUUUUCUAGUUCCGAUUAUGUGCAUGGUUUCUCAUUCUAUAAAUAAAUAGUACUGCAAUGAACUUUCAAAAUACGUCACUACCUCUUUUUUUCCCCUAUAUCCUCAUAUACACACCCACAAAGCCAUAUUUACGCAUGCGCACCAUCAAAGCUUCUAUAGUUACUGUAAUUACACGCAUGCGCACUGAAAAAGCUUCCGUAACUACAAAGUAUGCACGCAUGCGCACAUGACGUGAACCGGUCCUUCUUCUGUAAACUUCCAUCACAUCAACAAUCGAUUCAUUAUUGAAACUCAGAAAUGCCAACAAAAGGUUAUAUGUUUGGAAAGAAAAAACGUUACUGUAAGCCCAGAGGACGACAUGCUUCAAAGACAAAUGCACAAUUACAAAGCUCUGUUUUGGAUACAGCUGGAUCUGAAGCAGCAACAACACAGCCUGCAAGUGCAGCUGAGCGAAAAAUAUCCCUAACUGCAGUUACUAACGCUGAUAACACCAAUAAGAGGCUGCCUGAAGAUUUCAUAUACGUCAUGAUGAAUUCAAUGCAAUUGACCACAAUGGUCUCCUUGUUGUGCUGUCCACAUUGCUUUGACAACAAAUUAACUAUGUGCAUCACACAAUCAAAAGGCAUGGCUCAUUUGAUUAAAAUCAAAUGCCUAAAUUGUGAAACAUAUUUGUGGUCCGACUGGACCUCAAAAAAAAGUAAUGAUGUUCAUCUGGAUAUUAAUGUCCGCGCUGUCGCUGCAUUAAAAGAAUCUGGAAUCUCGCAUUCUAAAUUUGAUAGGUUUUGUGGACUUAUGAGUAUGCCCUGCAUGCACAGAAAUACUUAUAACAAUCUAGCUAACAUAGUCAAUACCGCUAUAAUUGAAGCUGGUGAAGAAUGUAUGAUUAGGGCAUCUGCUGUUGUGCAUGGAAGAAACAUUUCACAACCUCUAACUACAGAUGAAAGAAUAAGUUCAACAGGCUGUCCUGUUAUUACAGUUUCUUUCGAUGGGACUUGGCAUAAAAGGGGCCACUCAUCUCAUUCAGGAAUUGGCACAGUUAUUUUGAUACUGGACUCGUCAUCGACACCGAAGUCCUAUCAAAUUAUUGCCAUGUUUGUGAUUCAAACUCUGCAGAACUAAACUUUGAUGCCUCUAAGCAUAUGUGUCAAAAAAACUUCAGUGGCUCAGCAAAUGCAAUGGAGGCCGCAGCAGCAUCCAAAAUCUUUUCGCGCUCUGUGGCAUCCAGAAAACUUGUUUAUGGCACGAUGCUGUGUGAUGGCGAUAGUAAAUCGCAUUCAUCUGCCAUUACCAACUCAGGAUAUGAUGUAGAAAUCUUAAAAGAGGACUGCAUUAACCACAUCUCAAAAAGAAUGUUUAAUGCUUUGAACAAUUUAAAAAUGUCUAACAAAAAAGAACUAAAUUAUAGGCUUACAAAGCCAAAAAUUGAAAAAAUUACAAAUUACUAUUCCAAAGCUCUGCGCCAAAAUGCUCCCGACAUUCAAAAAAUGAAGCUGGCUGUUAUGGGCUCAUUUUUUCAUAUGAUGAGCUCAGACCUAGAUCAUAACCACAGGUUGUGUCCUGAUGGCGCUACAUCUUGGUGUCACUUUAAGAGAUCAGAGGCACUAAAACAGCCAUAUAAAAAACACAACCAGACCAUCACAUCAGAAAUAGGUAAACUGUUAUUUCCUAUAAUGAAAAGACUAACAGACACAGAUCUGUUAAAAAGAUGUUCUAGAAUGGGAACACAAAACGCCAAUGAAUCUUUUCAUUCCCUCAUUUGGCAAAGAUGCCCCAAAACAGAAUUCGCAACAUUAAAAACGGUAAGGGCUGCGACAUACCUUGCUGUUUUAGCCUUCAAUAAUGGACCUGUUGGCAUCAGAUCAGUUUUUGACAUAUUAGGCAUUCCCUGGACACUAAAGAACAUUUCUUCUAGUGAGAAAAAGCAAAAUGUCAAACUACAGCUUGUUAGAAAAAGAAAAUCAAUCGCAUUAGUGUCCAGGAGAAAAAACUUGAAAAAACGAAGAAUUGAGCAUGAGCACCGGGCAGAGGUUCUAGAAGGUCCAACCUAUCAAUCAGGCCAUUUUAAUGAAUAGUUUUUUGUUUUUUUUAUUAUCUAUUAUGUUGUUUUAUGUAAAUAUUCCCUUUUUUUUCAUUUUUAUGGUUACAAUAAAUAUUUUAUAUCAUUUUAAAAAAUUUAAAUGCGUUUUUCUCAAAAUGUAUUUUUAGGUGCAUGUUGUCCACAAGAAUCUCAAAAUCUUUAGUUCUGUAUAAGUUAGACUAAUAAUUUUUCACAUGUAGUUUAUUGAUAGUAUAUCAUAGGUAAUAGGCUGCAAAAAUUUUCAAUAUGUAUAAUAAAUUUCAUAAAAAAAUAAAAAUAAUGAUGUGACCUCAGAUGAAAAAUGGGGUCGGAAAAAAAUAAAAAUUUUAAAAAUUCAUAAAAAUUAAACCAGUAAUAAUUUUCAAAACAAAAUUAGCCAGUUACCUAUGGGAUUCAAAUAUCUAUCAGGUGCAAUCAAAAAAUUAAAAAAAUUUUGAGUACUUUAGAAUAUUUUAAGAAUUUUGUAAACAUUGUUUAUUUUCAAGAUGGCCGCCAUUUCCAUAGCAACCCAAAAGGCUACACUCAUAAAAUGUGUAUGGUUACUCAUGUCUCUAUAUGUUCUAUCAAGUCAUGCAUAAAGCUUUUCUAUUUAUCUGUAAAUUACAAAAAUUGAAAUUUCAUUGUGCAUCCCCCUUAACAGAUCUGUGUCUGUUAGUCUUUUCUUAAUAGGAAAUAACAGUUUUCCUAUUUCUGAUGUGAUGGUCUGAUUAUGUUUUUUGUAUGGCUGUUUUAGUGCCUCUGAUCUCUUAAAGUGACACCAAGAUGUAGUGCCAUCAGGACACAACCUGUGGUUAUGAUCUAGGUCUGAGCUCAUCAUGUGAAAAAAUGAGCCCAUAACAGCCAGCUUCAUUUUUUGAAUGUCAGGAGCAUUUUGGCGCAGAGCUUUGGAAUAGUAAUUUGUAAUUUUUUCAAUGUUUGGCUUUGUAAGCCUAUAAUUUAGUUAUUUUUUGUUAGACAUUUUUAAAUUGUUCAAAGCAUUAAACAUUCUUUUUGAGAUGUGGUUAAUGCAGUACUCUUUUAAGAUUUCUACAUCAUAUCCUGAGUUGGUAAUGGCAGAUGAAUGCGAUUUACUAUCGCCAUCACACAGCAUCGUGCCAUAAACAAGUUUUCUGGAUGCCACAGAGCGCGAAAAAAUUGUGGAUGCUGCUGCGGCCUCCAUUGCAUUUGCUGAGCCACUGAAGUUUUUUUGACACAUAUGCCUAGAUGCAUCAAAAUUUAGUUCUGCAGAGUUUGAAUCACAAACACGGCAAUAAUUUGAUAGGACUUCUGUGUCGAUGACGAGUCCAUUAUCAAAAUCAAUAACUGUGCCAAUUCCUGAAUGAGAUGAGUGGCCCGUUUUAUGUCCCAUCGAAAGAAACUGUAAUAACAGGACAGCCUGUUGAACUUAUUCUAUCAUCUGUAGUCAAUCUAGUUCUAAUGUGAUCUAUGCCCCUAAUCUAUACUAGAUCUAAAAAAGGAUAGAUCUCUAUGUUUGCAAUCACUUUCAUAUUUAUUUAAUGUCUAUAGAUCUAGAUGUGAUAUGAUGAACACGUUGUCGAAUUCAAAGAUUGAUGAAGCAAAGGUUUCAUUACCAUUAUUUUAUAUGUAAGCACACGCUGGUCUAGUAAAAAAAAACAACAACAAACUAGAUCUAGACUGUAAUGUUUGUAAUUGUGCAUUUGUCUUUGAAGCAUGUCUUCCUCUGGGCUUACAGUAACUUUUUUUCUUUCCAAACAUAUAACCUUUUGUUGGCAUUUCUGAGUUUUAAUAAUGAAUCGAGUGUUGAUGUGAUGGAAGCUGACGCAAAUGUUUACAGAAGAAUGACCGGUUCACGUCAUGUGCGCAUGCGUGCAAAUUUUGUUGUCAACGAAACUUUUUCAUUGCGCAUGCGUCUAUAUACAGUUACCAAUGUAGCUUUGAUAGUGCGCAUGCGUAAAUAUGGCUUUGUGGGUGUGUAUAUGAGGAUAUAGGGAAAAAAAAGAGGUAGUGACGUAUUUUGAAAGUUUAUUGUAGUACUAUUUAUUUAUGGAAUGAGAAACCAUGCUCAUAAUCGGAACUAGAAAAGUAGACCUUUGUAUCGAUACCAUCUGUUAGGGAUAAGAGCGUACAUUAGCUUAUCAACUUUAGCUUACAAAAUGUUGAUUUUUCACCAAAACAUCAAAAUUUUGCUUAUACAUCUACUGUUAAAAUACAAAAUUGAUGUAUAAAGCGCAGUUUUUUUUAGUAUUCUGAUAGGGAAUUCGUAUUCUAGACAUUUUAAACUAUUAAAAUCAAUUAAUUUUAAAAUAUCGAUAUUUUUGACCUAGAUCGUUGUUUUCUCACUGUGCAUUCCCAAUAAAAAAAAUAAAUAACUACAUCUAAAUAUAAAAUAUUUCUACAACUUACAGGCUGUCUCAUGUACAGGAAUGUAUAAAAUAAUUACACGCCAGAUCAUUAAGAUCGUUACCUGUCACACACAAAGAGAUACUGUACUGACCGUAGCUCUGGUAGCUACAUUUACAUUUAAAAAUACAAAUCAAGGAUCAUGCUAAUAAGGCGAGAAAACUUCAUUUUCUCCUCACGUUCAUAUCUGUGUGUACUGCCAUCUUCCGACUCGACCAUAUACCAUCCGAAAGCAUGUCUAGGCACGGCAGUAAUUUUAUGACAUGCGGGCUCAUAUUGCAUAAACAUUCUGCCCUGGCCUUUCACUCUACGUUCAACUAGAACUCUGCUUCCAACGGUAAGAAGGUCAUUCAAACUCCUUUGCCACUCAGGAACAUCCUGGGAAAGCAAUGUAGAUUCUGGGCUGAACUGGACUAAACUGUAGGAAGGUAUUCGUUGCUUCUGCAUGAUUUCGGGUAGUGUCUGGUGAGGCUACUUCUGUAUGAAUUGACACCAUUUCUGCAACUGCGGAUUGGCGUGUGUGGAACAACGACUCAGGUGCAGUCUGGAUCCCCUAGGAUUCUGAGGCAUCUCAACCAACAAUUCUGUUGGCUUGAAAGCCCGUAGCAGUUGUUCAGGGUUUGCCUGUGGUCUUGUUGAGGCAACCUGAAUAUUUCUCACUUCCACGCUACCAUUUGGACAAGCCAGUGUGAAGUGGUCCUGGCUUCCACAGUUGCUACACUUGAGAUCUUUAUAGUGGGGGCGACCCUUAGGCUUCUUAUCCUGCAACUGUCUGCCUUGACAGUAUAGACCGAAAUGAUAUUAAAAUUAAUCUGCCAGACAACUAAACUAACUAAAGCAAGAAACAAACUUUCUUGAAAUUAAAUACUAAAAAUGAAUCUUUAUUUACAUAAAGAAACAAACUUUCUUGAAAUUAAAUACUAAAAAUGAAUCUUUAUUUACAUAAAAAAAAUCAAUAAUAAAAUAUAAUAUGUACACUAAAACCCAAACAGCCAACACUAAUCCAACCACUAGUCUAUGCUACUAAAUCUACAAACACUAGAUCUACAGCAGCAAUUAUAGCAGGGCAGCAGUAACAAUAGUAGUGGUUACGUCAGAGUAAUAGCAGUAAAAAUAGCAGGCCGUCCCAGUUACAGAAAUAUAGAAAUGAUUAAAUAAUUAUACGCCAGAUCACUAAGAUCAUCAACUGUCACACAGACAGCGAUAUACUUUACUGACCGCUGGUCAACUGUACAGGAUGUAGCACGGAUUUAACUAUUUAUACUAUCCGCCCUAACCCAUAUAACAAAGAGCGGAAGUACAAAUAUUAAUUCUGGGCACUAGCCUAUAAAAAUAGAAUACAUAAAAUAGCUCUGACCUAUAAAAGUAGAAAAAUAAAAUUACUAUAAAAAUAGCUCUGGGAGCGCAAGCUCACACAAUUAUAUUUGUAUAGUCUCUAAUUAUCUUUUUGGAGAGAUUUCAUAUACACUGUUUUCAAAUCUCAACUCAACAUCAGUAUACUUUCUGUCCAAUGCUUUUCUGGACUUGAUUUGGCUAUAAGCAAUGCUUCCAAAGUGUCGUUACAGAGGCUACUUCUGGUAUCAGUCUUAUUUUUAUCUCACAAUUGAAAAUACGUUCAGUGAGCAGCUGAAUGUGAUAUCAGUUGUUAAGUAGGUUGCAUACUCCAGUUUGAUGUCAGCCACUGUUGCAUUUUUUUUUUGGCAGUAUUGAAGGAAAUUUAUCAGCAAAGUAAUCAAUGGUUGAAGUUUUCCCAUCAGCUACUUCUUGUAAGGAUGCAUCUACAAUUUCAGCCCCUGUUGAAGUGGGAGCUUAUUUGUGAGAUACUACAGAAGUUACAUAAAAACUGUUUGACUGUUUAAAAAAACCUUGCAGACGUUACUGUCUAAAGAAGGUGAACCUCUUCUUUUCUCUUGAUGAAGUCACUUGCUGACUGAUCUAAGUGAAUUUCUGAGGGGUCUUAAUUGUUAGUUGCUACAUCCAUAUUAACCUCCAGUACAUCCUUGUUCACCAUGGCAUGUUUUUUCAAGCCUUCUUCUUAGAACAUGAACCAUUGGAAAAGCACUUUGCAAUUCAGUGUUGAAGUCAUCAAAUGGUUGAAGAGCAUCAAUCAGAAAAUGACAAAUCAGACGGUUAGUAGGUGUCAGGGGCAGGUAUGGCGAGAGUGAUUGUGUUAUUUCUUUGUACUAUUUAAGUAUGAAAGAGUUAUAUCCCUUUGUUUAUUUCUCCUCUUCUCUCUCCCCCCCCCCCCGGCAUGAAUGUGAACAGUAUACACGUGAUGUCUUUGAAUGGUGGUUGGUUGAUAGAGUGAAUUGGUAGUUCGUUAGUGUAUUAUGUUCCUGGACUGGUGUUUGUUUAUUAAUAUUUACUUGAGCAAUAUUGGAUAUUAAAAUAUUAUAUUCUUGGAGAUUUGGAGUUGGAGUUGAUGUGUAGGCUAUCUAGUGGUAACUGUUCUUAUUUGAGUAAUUAAACAAGUAUUGUUAAGUGUUAUUGAGGAUUCAUACCCCCUAACGAGCCAAGUCAAGAAACACACCAACCAAGUCCAGCCAAGCUUAAGUGAACAUUAUUUCUUGAGCUAUCUACCUUUUGCUUUUCACAAACUGAUUUUUACAUGUUUUUCUUGAUAUUUGAAAAAUUCCAAUAAAAGCUUCCAGUUCUCCAGAAGUCUUCAACACCUUAAUACUCAGCCACCUGGUUUUCCAACAAGGUCCAUCCACCUUGAAGUAUAGGACAUUAAAAACACUUUGUACAGAGCCCCGUUGACCGUUUAUGGGAAGAAUCCCUGUCUGUUUGUGACUCAAAACUCAAACUCUGGUGAGUCAUCAGUGUUCGGUUGCGAGGUUGACCAGGGUGUGGGUAGGUUUGCCCCAUUGUUUGCUGGGUGCUCUUCAACGCCUCAAAUUGUUCCCCAAACUUGUUUAACUGAGAGCUUACAAGUUCGCACCACUGGUUUAGUGGUUGAGAGUUGCCUUGGUCCUGACUUUUGUUUAAGGGUUUUGUGCUAUAAACUUAAAUAGUUCUUUACGAAGUUCUGGAUCACUGACUCCAUGUGCAAAUUGAUCUCUCAAUCUAUCUCCCUUGAAACAUUCUAUGCCUUCUCGAGAACUUAUUGAAUAGUCGAUGGGAAAAUUCAAGCAAUGACUCUGUCUGUCACAAGACGCUAGCAGUGUGCUGGCGCCUGCUUUAACUGGUCGUGGUCUAGGGUGAUUCUGGAGGCCCGACUGUUGACGCUGGAACUUUGGUGGCUUUAGCCCUGUCGCGAUUUUGGUGUUUGUCUAUAUAAUUAAGAUAUAAAACUAAACACCGGAAUAUAGUUAGAAACUAUAACUUUAAACUGUAACUUUAUUUACACACAAUAUAGAAUCUUCCAAAUAAAACGUUUACAUACAGGUACAUCAACUACUAAACUAGGAUCACUAAUGACUAUGAACGUUAGACUAACUGUCCGUUCGUUUUCAGAGCAAAAAAAAAUCCCUCCCACGUGGUUACGUCCCCUUUCAUCAUCAGUGACGCAUAACCUCAGUGGUUACGUCUACAUGCAUCAUUGGAGAUACAAAGCCUUGGCUCUGACCAGGUAAUCUGCUACACACACACAAACGGGUGUGGGCUCACAGCGGUUUGUGACACUGUCCUUCUCUGCUGUGACCUCAGAAAUGUAAUCUCUGCCUCACGGACCGGUACGAUUACUUCAAACGCGGCAAUAAGAGCUUCCGGGUCACUUUUGAUUUGAUGUGUCUGAAUAUCUACCUCUACUCUAGCCGGACCACUUAUGUUUGCAAGGAUGGUUGGUAUCUUUUCUUGACGCGAGAGGUAAGGCCUGAGUUCUCUCGAGCGAAAUCUACUGUUGAAAAUUCGCCAUUCCUGCCAUCUCCACUGAACUGUUUUAUUUUUCAUAGAAGGUUCUACGAUAAAAUGCGGGCGCUGGCAGGCCAGUUUCAAUGCUUCCAGUUGAGCUUGUCUACGAAUGAACCUAUCCUUAGUGACACGUUCCAUGCCCUCCGGUUCUCCUCCACUGGACCCACUUCUCUCCUAUUCACUGAAUAAGGUUCUACCAUGUUUUUCUCCAUCUGGCUGCAGGUCUUAAGAAAGUCUAACACAAUAAUAGUAACCUAAUAACAAGUAGUUCUAACUCAAUAAAACAUUUUCAAUCUAAAUAAAAUCAAAAUUAAGAGAAUAUAAGCAAAUCAUCUUAAACUAUACUAAACUAAAUCUAACUACCCUGCAAAAGACAAUAAGAAAACAUCGAUAGAAAAUAUUGAAAAUACAACAGAGAUUGAAAAUUAUUUUAACUGUUACUUGUGGACAUCUACGUCUGGUAGUCACUUCCUUUAUUCCUUUUGUCAGGAAGCAGAUUUGGAGACGUCUCCUGACCGCACUCGUGCUACCAAGUUUCUGUGGUGGGUUUGGCACAGAAAACUAUAUAUGACGUAGGCAACUCGUAGGCCAAUAUAGAUCUGUUUUUUGUACACUAAAGACCUGCAGCCUUACGUAAACACAUGGUGUAGAACAAGGCACAAAAAGGGAGUGGAGACGAAGUAGGCCCAGUAAUGUACAGACACUACAAUUACAAGAGAUGCCGGUAAAAUGGGCAGUGCCCACGUUGUUUUGCCUUUAUACGACGGACACAAGACGUCACCUAUGAGAAAAAUGUGGAUAUCGAGUUGGCGGUGUGGCCUGAACAAGUAUCCACCCCACUACACACAUAAAGAAAAAAAUUCAGACUACUUGGUUCAGGGGAUACUCAUUGCACAAACUAUUCUCUUAAAAAACUGAAGUAAGAAUCUAAGCACCUUUGAAUCCACACAAUGUUGUAUAAAUGUUUGAGCUAAGCUCUCAAUAUUUUCAACACCAAAGCUUAACAAAUUCAUAUUUUCAAUUUUGUCUCUAAAACAUGUAGCUGUUCCAGAUCCGGAUUCGUUUUUAGCGAUGCCCUUGGUGCAAGUGGAUUGGGACAUAUUUCGUAUUAACAGAUGGGAUUUUGGACGUUGUUUUAAAAUGGGGCUUUCUUCUAUGUCUACACAGUCCACCAGGGUUGCACUCCUAAUCGGAACCAGAAAAUGUAAACCUUCGAGAGAUGACACUUGGCUUUCAGUGCACUAUAGUGCUCUCCGAAGGUUAUGUCAUCCUGAAUUAACGCUUGCCUACAUGUGCAUCAUAUGCUACCAUUAAACGACCUGAAUAUGGGCGCAACCUCUCUUCGGGGGACUAUCUUACUCCUAUACAUUCCUCCAUUAUGCUUCUUCUUUCUCCGUACUCUGACCGGAGAAUAUUGACAAUCUCUUCUGGACUGUCCCUAAACACUGGGGAUGAUACCUCAAUUAAAAUUUCACCGCCUCUUCCAAGUGUGCAUAUAAGAGGUCACGAUACCAUUCUAUUGAUCCAAAAAACUACAGCUAUCAAAACAUUUUAAAUGUCUUUUACUCCAAUAUACAAACUUGUUCACAAUUUCCUUGAUCAUACAGCAAACAUUCAGUCCACCCUUUGAAAGCCUACAUGCACUACGGCUCCGUACUGGAUUAAUCCCUUACAGCACGGUCCAGGUAUCUGGGUCUCUGAUCUGUAGGGUUCUCCGUACAAGGCGAGACCCCCGCAUGCACCAGUUCUGUUUCAAGACUAGUCGCUACUUCGAUUGUGUUUCUUAGCACUGUGCUAUCGUAGCGGAUGUGUUCUACUGUCUCGUCUUCUGCGUGACAUGUCGACAUCCUUUCUCUCUAGCUGCCACUAUUCGUCUUUCCUGUUUGGAACUUUCCGUCCCAUGCUACACUAGUCCUAGCUUUCCUACUACUUCAUAUCCUUACUAAUAAAUUGAGCUCUUGAGCUAUAAAGGGGGAAUAACCCUUGAGGGAUUAUGGGUACGAGAUGGCCUAAUUUGUGCCGAUGUGCCAAAACCCCAAAAUAUCAAAUAUCUAACGUUCAUCAUUCAUACCCUGGAAAUACAUUAACACACUCAUUCGGACAUCAAUAACAAAAGAUACAAUACAUUCAGUCUCACCACAUGUGACUGACAGCUCUAAACUGAAGAAAAAAUAACAAAAUUAUGUCAUUGUGCCUUUUACUUCCCUUUGAAUCUUAUUCUCAGUUGUCUCUCUUAUUCUUGAUACCGUUGUCAAUAUUAGAUUAGGUAGCUGCCAUUUGUAGGUUUCUAGAACUAUCAAAUAUCGAGCUAUAGUAAAAGUAUUCACUUUUCUUAGGUUUUAGGUCUUUGAUUGCAAGUCACUAUUUGUCUUUAAUACAGAUAUUGGAAAUCCAGGAUAAAGAUACACACUGUUAGGUCUUUGAUUACAAGUCACUAUUUGCCUUAAGUACAGAUAUUGUAAAUCUAGGAUAAAGAUACACACUUUUAGGUCUUUGAUUGCAAGUCACUAUUUCUCUUUAGUACAGAUAUUGUAAAUCUAGGAUAGAUAGAUAUUUAGCCCAACCAGUAUAGCAAUGAAGACCGGACUGGCGUUACCUCCUGCUCUUCAGUAUCAGAAGUCAUCCUGAUGUUCUGGGAAAUGUGUGUAGACUCAUCAGUUGUCUACUGACCACCUUCACAAAGGCUACAAUAUCAGACAGAAGGUCAUGCCAUUGUUCUGUGAAAUGUGUGAAGACUCAUUUGUCUACUGACCACCUUCACAAAAGCCACAAUAUCAGACAAAAUCAUCCUGAUGUUCUGUAAAACAUCAAUUUGUCUACUGGCUACCUAAACAAAGGUUACAAUAUCAGUCAUCUUGGUCUACAAAAUAUGUAUCUAUACAUUAGUUUGUCUACUAGCCACCUAGACUACACUAUCAGACAGAAAAUCAUCCAGAUGUUCUCUAAAAUUAGUGCCUAGACUGAUGUGUCAGGACAAAGUCACUGAAACUAUUAUAACUAUAUAUAACUUGAUUAGAUUAUGAAGGAAACUGAAGGUUGCAGUGAUAAUUUAGCUUGAGAUUGGCUUAUGGAGAAUGAUGAAACUAUUCAAGUUUCACAACUAUUAGUUUUUAUAAAUUAAGAUUAAAAUAUUGUUAUGUUAUUUUUUAUGUCUGUAUGUUUGGAUUUAUUUGCAUAAUAAUUUUAAUAUUUUUUCUAUCUUUUUUUAAUGUUUUUUUUUAAAGUUUGUGUGGGUUGGAUAUCAUUGUAAUUGUGUGUGUGUGUGAGAUUGCUCUUUAUUUCACCUAUGUUACUUUAUGUUACUCUGUUAGAUGCAGGCCUACUGUCUGUAGUGGUUAUUUUUAAAUUUAAUUUUGUUAAAAUCUGGUGACAUUUAUAGACUUAUAAGGGAGCGAGUUGAGAAAAAAACUUCCAGACUGUUCUGUCAUCCUAGUUAACUUGCAAAACAUUAUUUGUGAAGUUAUCGUCACAGGCCUUUAAAUGUUCUGGGGUGUGUAAGUGACAUUAAUCACUGACAAACUGAGGGAGAUGAAGCUAGAAAUACAUUUCAACUAGAGCUGAGUUGAAUUUGUCCAAUUGCUUAUCAGCAACACUAAUACCUCUCCAAGAAUGCCCUCCCCCAAAUUGCUUAUAAGAAGGCCGAAGAACCUAUUGAGAUUGCAAUGUAAAAAGAUUUCAUUGUAAAAAGAUUUCAUUUGUUCCUUUUCACACUCAUUGGUGUCAACAAAAGUUACAGUAUAUUUUUAAAAUUUUUUACAAAUAUUUAGUAAGACUAAAGAUCUAGAAAUUUGAUUAAAUCUAUAGAUUUGGAAAGAUGUUUCUGAGUUGGUAAUUUGCUUUCUUAUGACCACAUUUUAAAGAUUAUGUAGUCUUCUUAUUAAUACUAGGAUUUAAACUAUGCUCUUUUGUAAAGUAUUUUUUUGUGUGGAUGUUAUGUUUAUUUUUUUUCAUAAUUUGCUAACGUAAUUAAUAAUUUAGUAUAGGGUUUAGGUGUUGAUCUAGUAUAUAUAUAUAUAUAUAUAUAUAUAUAUUUUUUUUUUUUUUUUUUUUCAUGUAGAUUUAAUUUUUUUUUAUUUUCAAAGAAAUUAUUUUACAUUUAGUGCCAAUUAUAAUAGAAAAAUAGAAUUAAAAUAGAAUAGUAGUUUGAUUAGCUUUUAGAAUGAAUUACAAUAUGCAUGUAACUUGUUUCAACAUAAAUAAAAUUAAACAUAAUAAAUGUAUACCGGUACACAAAAGUA